CGAAAAUGUGUGUGGUGAAUUUGCUACAAGAAGUAUUUUAACACUGCAAGAAGCAAUAAGUUAAUCAUUUUAGAAAAUCUUCCUCGAAUCUCUGGAGUCACUACGAGAAAAGGACAGCAAAAGAAAAUAAAUGGGGAAAGAAAGGGACAAUGCCAUGAAAUAUUUGGGAGAAAACACGCGUAGGGCAGUUUUUUGGGAAAGUUUGGUUAAGUAUCCUCGUUAUCCACCACACAUACUUCCGCACGCACUUAUACACACAUAGAGCGUGCAAGGAAAAGUCUUUAGUAUUUUCCAUCUACAAAAUGAGAAAAAUUUUCAUCAUACAUCGUCGUUGUCGCCGUCGUGGUCGUCGAGUGUGUAGAGCUCGAACAAUGGAAUCCCUAAUAGUGAAAAUGUGAAAAUUUUAGUCAAAAAAUGAUAGUUGAACAAGUUAUUAGUAAACGAAAUUCACCAGCAAUACAAUACAACAAAUCAAACAGUUUAUAAGGAAAAUCCUUGGACAUAAAGGACAUCCUGCAAAAAAAAAUCUUUCCAGAUGGCAUCAUGUAUAUGGAAUCAGAAAAUUUGGAUAUCAUCUAGCUGGAGAAAUAGAGAACUUUCAAGGAUAUAACAAGCUCAUCUUUACACUCCGGACAAGGAAAAAUCACUUCUUAAUACUGCAAUAAAAAAUUUCCAUUCCAAAUAAAAGUUUAAAAUAAAAAAAAAAAAAAAUAACGGCCUUUAAAAUGAAGCAAAAUUCAUAUACAACAUUGUGCUUAUCAAUUUUUAAGUAUCCAACGAACAUCUUUAGAAUUGUGUUCGUCUUGGUAUCGAGUUGGUCUGAAAUCUUUGCUAGAAGAAAUUCCUGAAAGGUAGCAUACCGCUACAAUCAGCAAGACGACAUAAAUUAGACAACAAAUUUUAAAGCUAACAAAAACAUAAGAACCAUAAAUGACGUAAUUGUAUUAUGUAAAUAUAUAAAUUAGGAACAAAAAAACUUGACGAAGGAACCAAUAAAAGAAUACGACGACAAAAUAUAUAUAAAAACUAUAGACCAUCGAAAAAAAAAACAAAACUUUAAAGUUAAGAGGAUAACGAAGUAGUGAAUAAACGUCGCCAGCCAUUAUUUAGUUCAUACUACAGUACUCACCACAAACACAUAAAAAAAAAACACUUAUACACAUCAAACAAAAGAGGAAGACAGAAAUUUCUGCAAGACAACAUUAAGAGUAUUCCAAAAUGGAGGACAUGCCAGAUUUGUCGCAUCUAACGCCAAAUGAACGCAUGCAAAUCGAGAAUGUCCUCAUGCGACAAAAACAGGAAGAGGAGCAGCAGAAUGAGAUUAUGAGACGUAAACAAGAUGAAGUUGUGACACUUGAGAAUGCCAUCCGUCAGAGGUCGGAACAGCAGAAGAAGGCUGGCGUUGAGCUAGAUGCCACUUGUCACAUAUGCCUUAAGACGAAAUUUGCCGACGGUGUUGGACAUAUUUGCCACUACUGUAAUAUAAGAUGCUGUGCACGGUGUGGUGGAAAGGUGACGUUACGAAGUAACAAGGUCAUUUGGGUCUGUAUAUUGUGCCGCAAAAAGCAGGAGCUUCUGUCAAAGACAGGACAGUGGAUUAAUAAGACGCCAAAUCAAGAUGGUUUCAUACGGAGGAUCGAACCAGAUGGCAGCAGUGCUAUUGUCGAACCUCAUGAUUCGACAGAUAAACGUCCCAAAUUGGAACGGACACGAAGUGCUGCUGAAAAGGAAAAUCUUCCAAUGCAACGGACAGGUAGUGUUCUCCGACGACAGUAUUCACAGCAAGAGACUACAGGCAAUCGAAGGAUGUCUCAAUCGGAUAGUGGAGUUGAUGUUGUGAGUCCAGGUCAUAGACGAAUGCAGGCGCAGAACCAACAACAGAUGUAUCAGCAACAACAACAACAUCAACAAUACUCUGGUGGAGUUGAUCAGCGUGCUGGACCUCAGAGAGAGAGUAGCAUAUAUCCUGAAGAUGACCCAAAGUUCUAUCAGGGUGAGAUCGAUGGGCUAAUGCGACAACACCCCCAUUUGGUGCAUCCACGUCAGCAACAAAUGAUGCAACAACAGCAGCAACACCACCAGCAUCCACAACAACAUCAACAACAACAGCAAAUGAUGCGCCCGCCACAUUCACAGCAUGUUGAUCCUAACUCCAUGCAACAUCCACAUCAGCAUCCUCAACAAAUGAUGCAACAACGUCCACAACGACAUCCACACCAACAGCAGCAUCACCAGCAACUCCAACAACAACAACAGCAACCAUAUAAUCCGCCAAACACACAAUUGCAAGGAGCUCCAAUACAACAGCAACAUCAUCAAUUGCCUCAAACGCCCCAAAGCCAACAUCAUCAACAACAGCAACAACAACUAGAACCGCAAAACCCGGCUUCACUGGGGUCCUAUUUGAGGCCUGUUGUAGGUGGUGCUGGUGCUGGUGCUGGGGGAAUGGGCGGAAAUGGAGGGCAAUACCAUCAACUAGGAGACACGAUCCAAAAUAAACAAAAAAGACCGCUUGGCAGUGGACAAGAAUAUGAACCAAGUCAACACCAAUCGUUUAGCAGUUCUGAGGAGGAAAUUCACGGAGUGCAUCCGAUUCAUUCUCAGCUUGAUUACGAUGCAAAAAACGACCACUGGCAGAAUUCAAGCAAGCGCGAUUUUCGACUGAACGUAACAAAUCGUCUUCAUCACGCGGAACACUACAACAAUCCACCCACAGUGACCCAGCCUGCACCGAAUUCCCGAUCCACAGCUAGAUUAGAUGUGCAACAGCGAAACACUUUUAAUCGCACUAACCACGAUCGAUAUAGUAGCGGAGGUCCUGCUUCCGCACAUCCUCCACCGCUACAACCACAACGUUCAGUAAUUGCAGAACGUGUCGCUGGCCAACUUUUUCCCCAUCUGACAACAGCAGGUAUCAAUUCUUCUCUCUACUCCACGCCAUCAUCUUUUCACCAUAAUAGCAGCAGUCUGGGAGGAGUUGGAGGAGCUUCCAGCACGGGCAUUACUAGUCUAAGCAACAGUUCUAACAGUAGUUACCAUUACCCACAAAUAGUGAUAGGUGAACCAAACAUUAGUACCUCAUAUGACCGUUAUACAACACCCUCCUUGCACUCCCACCAUCAUCCAACGCAAACUAUUAUUACCGAGACUACUGCAACUACGAACCAUCCCUUCUGGGAUGAACACACCCCGACGUCCGCCUCUGCUCAGGAUAAUCGACGUUUCACGGAACGCAGAAAGAAAACUGUCCGUUUUGACGGGCACGACGAUGAUGCCGACGUGGAGGUUGUGGUACCAACUGCGAAUCUCAUUACAGUGGCUACUGCUGCUGUUGGUCCGCCCACAGCUGUAACGACUGUUUUGGGCAGCAGCAGCAUCGGUAGCAGUAACAUUGGCGGAGUUGGCCUAGUUGGAGUAGAUGACUGGUCACGCUGGGACGCCGAACGACAGGGCAGUCAAGAUUCGGCAACCAAAGAUUCUGGAAUCGAUACCAGCAGUACCUUCACAAGUAGUGAAGAUUCCAAUCGUGGCGAUGGUCCAAAGAAUCCUGUUAAUUGGCAAAUAUCAGCUGACAAUAGUCGAAUGAUCGGACAUAUGACAUUAAGAAAAUACUAUGACGGCGAGGACAUUCUAGGAUUAAAGGUUCUUGGGGGCCAGCCAUUACCAUAUGGAAGCGGAUAUACUGGAUUUGGUGUUGGUAGUAAUAAUAACGGGAAUGGUUACGGUGCGUUUGUUGAUAAGGUUAAACGUGGUUCUGUCGCUGAUAUGGAAGGACACAUUCGGCCAGGCGACGAAGUCAUCGAAUGGAAUGGACAAAGUAUGCACAAUAAAACCGCUGAGGAAGUCUAUGAUAUAAUUGCCGAAAGUCGCCGUGAUUCGCAAGUGGAAUUAAUAAUAUCACGAUCACUUGCUUCCAACAGUGGUCGCAAAACAGUGCAAACCUCCUGGCGGCAGUCACAUUCACCGCCUACACGAUAUGGCCGCAAAGGUGUUGAUACAAUCGAAAUCCAUCGUGAUAAACCUAGUGUACUAAUAACGUCGCCCGGUUCACCUGACCUGCAUGCCGCAGGUCGCCAUCACCAGACAAACGCCACCCACCACCAUCACCACCACCAACAUCAACAACAACAACAUCAUUCAUCUACAAGGGGAACAGAAGUAGGGGUCGUGCCGAAUCCAACGGUAAACUUACGCUACAAUCAGCGGUUGGGUCCUACGGCGACGGGUCACUGUCACCUAGACCCGACAAUUGAUGGGCGCCUACAGCUGAAACUAGGCUAUGAUCAGAAUACGUUACAGCUGAUUGUAACAUUGGUGUGUGCCAGCGGGCUUACGUUAAGACCCAAUGGCGCCGCCAGAAAUCCUUAUGCAAAAGUGUUCCUUUUACCCGAACGGGGUGCUAAAGCUAAACGUCGAACGAAAACAUUAGCAAGCACAUGUGAGCCACGGUGGGGCCAAACCUUUGUAUAUGCGGGGCUGAGGCGAUGUGAUUUGACCGGGCGACUAUUGGAGAUAACACUUUGGGACUAUCUCCAAUUCGGUGCCAACGAAUUCCUCGGUGAAGUUCUCAUUGACAUAACCCAUCAUAUACUUGACGAUGAAGCAGAAUGGUAUCCCUUACAGCCACAUCAGGAUCCAGUGCAUAUCUUACGUAGAGAUGAUCUUACAAAUGAACAAAUGGACAUGAUCCUGACACCAACAGACCACUUAUCACCACCAAGUACCACGUCUCGUCUAAGUGAUUCAGAUACAACAUCUGAAUGUGACAUCGAUGGAAUAGCAACUGGUCGUGAUGAAGCAAGUUUGUCUUCUUUAGGCAGUUCAUCCAGUCCACCUCCUGAGAUUGAUUUACAUGAACGUCGUUCGCGACGUGAUAUGUCACCACAAGGUCGAAAAAGAGUGGCUGGUAUGGUAACACGUGACUAUCGCACAGUUUCUGGCAUUGGACAAAGUUAUCAUAAUCAGCAACAACAGCCUCCGGCGACAUUAUCCGCACAAUAUUCACGUCGUAAUGGCGGUGGUGGCAUGAGUCUUGGACAACGAAGUCAUUCGGCAGCUCCAAGUGAUAAUUACCAUAGUAACUAUUAUCGAAGCAGCAGUCCGCGUCGUGGAUCAUUAUCGCCACCAGACGAUCGAUACAUUGAUUAUCCAGUUCUUCCAAUUCAUUCGUCAUCGUACAAUACUACGUCAUCAUCGUCACAACAACGUUUCCAAUCGCGUUCAGCAACUGCCACACCAACGGGAUCACCCAAAAAGAGACAGCUGCCACAGGUUCCACAAACAUCACGCAACGCAAUGUUGCGUGAUCGCCUAGGUCAAGAGUUUGAUGAACGCUUGCCCGGUGGUCGUUUUGGCCGCCAUAGAUCACGUCAACCACAUCAUCAGGCGACAUAUCGUAGCACCGGCAUGGGCGGAUGGGAGCGCCACUAUACUGGGCUUUCAGAUAGUGAUCUACACUCGAUGGAAUCGAGAAUACGUCCACGGCAUUCACUGUCGCCUGAUAAAGAUUUCAUGGGAGAGUUUGGAGAUUCCGAUAUGGAGUCAGUAGUAAGCGUUACCUCAAGUGCUUUCUCUACUCAAUCAGAACGACCAAGAGGUUCACGUGGAUUGAGAAGUCUACCGCGUAAUUGGCGUUCGCCACAUGGUAACUUUGAACGCUUUCGUGCACACACUAUUGCAGUUGAUGAUUCUGAAUUCCUGACACCAAUAUCAUCUCUGCCAAAAACAUUACCACUACCACCACAACAACAGCAACAACAACAGCUACCUCCACCACCACCAUCAUCACAAUACCAAGAAUCGCCAAAUACAACAAAUGUUUCUGCCGCGUUAGCUCAAGCUAAAUGUCUGCUACCACCAAAAGUCAACAACAGCAACCACACCACCACUCCGUUCAAUAUGAACGUUCUCAACGACGGUGCAAGUGGCACUGGAGAUGUCAAUACCAACCACAUGUCAUACCAUAACAUCCCCAAUUAUUUCCUUCAAAUUCCCCAGUGUUCAAUGCAUUUUCCAGAAUUCAUAUCGAACACAGAUUUCAGUCAAAUCCCUCAGCGGGUUUUCCGCAGCGGUAGUGCCUUAGGCUAUCCCCAGAUUCCACCCAUUACAUUUCCCUCAUUUGAGAACUUUAAAAAAAUCACCACACCUGUGGUGGAUUUUUUUCGCAACGCCAACCAUCUUUCACCCUCAGCGGCAUUCUUUCCAUUUGUCAAUUAUGCGAACGGUCCCAAUACCACUUCCAACGGUGGUCUCAUGCAAUGUGGUCAAUGUCAGCCUGUUUGUGGAGUUCCACAGCCCAUAAUGUUCGACCCUGAUGGUUGUGGUAUUGUAGAAGCUGUGCACUGCCACCACAUGCCAUUUUCAAAUACGCAUUUCAUAGAUAAUGUGCGUCGUCCAUCUCUGUCCAUGUUUCAUCCAUCGUCAGAGCCAUCACUGCCAACUUUAGAUCCGGCCAUGUGCGGCGAAUGCGCUGAUCAGCACUUCGGCGGUGGCCUAACGCAUCCGUCAGCGUUUCACAACAACAAUCAACAGCUAUCGCUGGAUGAGGUUCAGAUUCCAAAAGAAUCUCUGAUGCAGCUGCGACGUCAAUUGAGUGACGAAGCCCUUUUUACUAGCGUCCCUGUAUCGGCAAAGACCCAGCCUCCAUCAAUCCUUAAGAAACCACGACCUCUGGAUCGUCGAAAAUGCUUUAGCGAAUCACACUCCAGAUCACUAGAUUAUGAUGAUCUGCGUACAAAAAACUGGUCUCGCCGCUAUGUUCGAUAUGAGGAUGAAGUGUACCCACCGCCAAGUCGACCGCUAAGAGAACUGCCACGAAAGUUCAACUCCGAGACGAACAUCCGACAGUCAUACAUGGGAGCUUCCGUUGACAUACAUAAUCCCUUAAGUCACUCACACUUUCUUGUGACCGACGACAAGAUUGUCACGAUUGUUUAUGACUCAGAUGUUGGAUGGACGCGGAAAGGAGUCGCUCCAUCUAACUACGUCCGUAAGCGAUGUAAUGACCGCAACAACCGUAAUCAUAUGUCACUUAAGCUUACACGAACAAGUCAACAAAAGCUUGAUGGACCGACACCCUCAUACCUUAAGCGGCGGCGAACUUUGCCAGCUCCUCCAAAUGCACCGAACGCGCAUAACUUUUCACCGAUAGAAUACACGGAAGAUGCCGAAAUGAAAAACGCACAGGGAAACGCUUUAAACGAUGUGGAUGGUGAUCACCGAAGUGCGAGAACGCAUUCGUCAGCACCAGACUCCGAAGCUGAGUACAUAAAAAAGUCGUCGCAAGACGUCGAUGACAAGGAACGGUCUCGACCGGAUGGUGGAAUGUCCGAUCAUCCGUCAUCAUCGAGACCUUCCGCUCGUGAUUCGGAGUAUAAUCGGUCGUCGAACAAAAGGCUCGCAGAUCCCCGUAGAAAUAGUAGACCUCCCCAAGAUCCCCAUCGUAAUCGUAGUAGCCCGCCACCGCCACAAAUUGGCAGUGAUCGCAGUAAUCUUGUCAGCAUUAACGACCAACCGGAGUACUUUGAGUACUACGAUGACGAUUACUGCGAUGAAAGCAUUAGCCGCUCUGCUCGCAGUAGUAGAUACAACGAUAGGGAGGGUAGUGGUAGUCCUAGUAAUCGCAGUGGCGGUGGCGGCGAUCGUAGUUAUAAAAGUAGAAGUAGUUCUAGUUAUAAUCGUGAUUCUAAUUGUAGUGGUAGUAAUGCUAACAAUGCUUCUUCUUCCUCUUUUGCAACAAAAACCAACUCCUCCCAUCAUGGUGUCGCUCUGCUAUCCACCUCACCUAAACGUGCCUCAUUGAAACAUUCUACCCGUUCACCAACCACAACACCACCACCACCAACUACAACCUCUUUUGAUCCAUCUUCUAUGGACGGUGAUCCACUUGAUCCAUCUGCUGAUGCCACUGCCAGUGAGUACGAUGUACGGGAACGAGAUCGUGUGGCCAAAGUCGCAUCAAAUGAUAGUACUAAUGGUCGAGGAGGAGGUGGUGGCGGCGGCAGCAGUAGAAGUGAUGGAUCUCGCCGUGGCGGACAUACUGACGGUGGUGGGCCUGGUGACAGUAGUAGUAGUAGUCGUAGUAAAGAGCGCCAACUGCAGGAGGAUCGGAUCGAUCGCAUCGAAUCGGGAAGCGAUCGUGGUGAUGAGUUGAACAAUUCGUUUAGUCGAAGUUUGUCAAAUGCAGAUGGCACACCUGAGGACAAGAUCGAUGGCAGCUUGUCGGACACAGCAGUUGGUCUGCAACAAAGUGAUUCUCAGCGACGAAAAACCACUGCUGAGCAACAACGAUCACCGAAGAGUGAUGCUGGCGGCCGAAGUAGCGGUCGUGGUGAGGAACGAUUCGGUUCUGGAAUGGGAAAAAAGAGUAAUUCCACAUCACAGCUGUCAGCGACGGGUCGUAAAAGACGUAUGGGCUUUGGAAAGAAGGGUAAGAACUCAUUUACGGUGCAUAGAAGUGAAGAAGUUCUGCCGGGUGAGAUUCGGGGCACACUAUCUCGGGGUUCAUCAGCAUCCGAUGAUGGUGGCGAAGGAUUCACCGAAGGGGACAGUAGAUGGUCACCCUCGUUACGUAUGAACGAUGGUCAGUUAUCUGAAUUCAUUGACGGACUAGGGCCAGGACAGUUAGUUGGUCGACAAGUCCUUGGUGCACCAUCACUUGGUGAUAUCCAACUUUCAAUGUGUCAUCAGAAGGGUUUCCUUGAAGUUGAAGUCAUACGAGCUAGAGGAUUACAACAAAAGCCUGGUUCAAAAAUGCUACCUGCGCCAUAUGUCAAAGUGUACUUGGUUUCGGGUAAAAAGUGCAUAGACAAAUCGAAAACAUCAACAGCCCGACGUACCCUUGAUCCAUUAUACCAACAACAACUUGUAUUUAAGGAACCUUUUAGUGGUUGCAUACUUCAGGUAACCGUGUGGGGUGAUUAUGGACGUAUUGAAAAAAAGGUCUUCAUGGGUGUGGCACAAAUAAUGCUCGACGAUUUGAAUUUAUCAAACAUCGUGAUUGGCUGGUACAAACUCUUCGGAACAACGUCACUGUAAUCCAAAGAGCAAUAAGACGACAUGGAUAAACAUCUAGCAGGACAAAAAGUAAAUGCAAAAAUAAAACUUAGCAUGUAAAAAUAGCAUGUUUUGCUCUACAAAAUAAAACAAAACCUCAACAAAAAGAGAUACAAAAUUUCUUUUUUUACACAAAAAAUUAAAAAAAAAAAAACAAGUCAAGAAAAGAGUCUUACUUUUGUGUAAAUAUCAAUAAAAGAAAUGCAUUUAUUCGCAUGGAAAAAUGGGAUCCCAGAAGUCAAUACAUGCAGCCACAAAAACUAAACAAAAAAACAAAACAAAACAAGGAAACAAACAUACUUCUGUUUUGGUUUAAGGUAGAAAGUAAAAUUUUCUAUAUGUAAUAAAUAAUAAUAACAAUAUAAAUUAUAAAAAGAAGAAAAAAAAGACCAGUAAAAUACUAUAGUGUUUUUUUUUUGUAUUAAAAAAAUUGUAAAUAAUAAAUUUAAGCCUAUUAAUUUAUUUCGCGAAUUAUAAAAUAAAAUCCUGAUACGCCUAUCAGAGUUAGUAGACAGCUACUAUUAAAAAACAAUUAAUGAGAGCAAAAAAAAACGACAUCCAAGUAUACCUAUAAAUUUAUUUAAAAUAUUUCAAUAUUAAAAUAAAACAAAAGAAAUAAUUCUAUAUUACAAAACAUAAAAAAAAAUAAUAAUUUUCAUAUAAGUAAGACAUCGAGCCUUCCGACAAAAAAUUAAAUGGAUAGAAAUGAGAAUUUAAAAUUUUAACAGAAAAAAAGUAUUAAACUAAAAUUACUAUAUAAAUAAAUGUUUUGUAAUACAAAACAAAUAGAAAUGCGACUGCCAGUCUGCGAGAUUUUUUUUAUACACAAAAAAUAUAUAGGUAUGUAUACUCUUAAAUUGUUUUAAUUUAUUUUAAAUUACAUUAUCAAAUUUUUUAUACAUUUCUUUCAUAAAUACCUUAAUAUAAAAAUUGAAUAUUUUUGAUUAUAACAAUAAAUUAAACGUAUGUUCGAAUGAUUUAACAGAAAAAAUCAUCAGCCAAAAUAAAUUUCAGAGAAUUUUUUGUUAAAUUAAUAAAAUUAUGAAAAAAAGAAAAAAAAAAUGUUGAUUUAUAUACUAUAUAUAUGUAUAUAUUCUUCUUCUUCUGCCUGAUAAUGCAAACAAAAAAUUCAUAGGAUGAUAAUGAUUUUGGAAAAUCUGAUAUAAUUUUUUUAUAUUUAUAUUUAAGAAAAUAGAAUUUUUAAAACAUCAGUUAAACUAAAAAAAAGUACCUUACAUAGAAUGAGCUGUAAAAAUGAUACCUGCUUGAGAUGAAUUAAACAAAAUAUUAUUGCAUGAAGAGUUAUUACACUUUUGCAAACAACAAACAAAUAUAGGUAUUUAUACAUAAUAUUAUAAUUUAUUGUUGUUUUAAUAACAAAAAUACAAAUUUUAUCUUUAUUUACAAAAUAUUCAAAACUUUUCCUUUUUUUCGGGCAAAAUAGGCAGAUGUUGAAUUAUUUGUUUGGAAAAUAUUUCGAAACUUCUUUUAUCAUUUUUUUAAUUUCUUGACCUUUGAAAUUUAAUUUUCUGUAUGCUUAAUGAAAUUUUAUUUAGCUUUAUUUUAAUGUUUACUUGUGACGUCAAAUUAAAGUUCAAGAUUUUGGUAAAACUUAGAGAUAUCUAUCUGUAUCCGUACCUAGAAAAAGUUUAUAAGAUUAUAUCAGAUAUGUAACUCUGCACCUGUGAUUUUUUUUAACGUUGUGUUUUAUGUUAAUUAACUAAAAAUUCGAAGUUGCAUAAAUUUAGUGAUACAAACUUGGAGUUCUAAGUCUCAUUUAAUUGGAAAAUGGUUCUAGCGCUUUUGAAAAACCAAACUUUUGUGGGUCCUGUGGGUGGAAUAAUUUCCUUCAAAAAUCUCCUCCCCUCUCCUUUUUCAUUUCCAACUCUAUUGUUAACUACUUAUACAGACUUCUAUGAAAUUUGGUAUACAGAACAUUCAAAAGCGGAUUGAUUUGAUUUUUCAAAAUGAAUGAAUAUCUAUUUAAUUUUCAGGUUUUUCUUUUUUUUAUUCCUUUAGAAUAUUAAAAUAACAGUUGUUUUUUUUUUUUUCAAAAUUGUGAAGCUGUUUCUUUUAAGACGGUUCAAGAAUAAAAUCAAACUUUCAUGAACUCCUCAUAUACUCAUAUAAAACUCCAUAAAUAAGUUUGGUUUGAAUGCAAGUGCUGACAAAUUUACCAAUUGAGGUGAACAAAAAUUCAGAAAACAAAUUAAUAUUAAUAAUUUCGAAAGAUGCAUAUAAGACAGUAUAUUUGAAAUGGUUUAUCAGACAAAAAAUCCAAGGGUUACCUACAUAAAUUUUAUUGUAAGAAACAAUAAAACAAAUUCUGUAUUUCUUGUCAGAUAAUAAUCAAAUGUAGUAGCCCAAAUUCCGAUUAAAAACUCAACUUAAAGUUGCAUUGAGCUUCAUACGAUGAUAAGGUUAUAACUAUUUUUGGCAUUUCACUGCCUUUUCUUGAUGUGAAAACAAAACAUCUCAUGAGUUGUUAGAAGCGCUCUUUGAUUAAAGUCAUGACAAUAAGAAAUUUUGAAAGUUAUUAAUCUAGACAUAGCAUUCCCAAUAGCGUCAAUUUUUUUUAUUCUUAGAUAACUUUCCUUACAUUCUUUGAAAUCGGUAUUUCUUAUAAAAUUUUGAAAGGAAUAUCUUUUAUAGGUUUCGAAAUAUCUCUCAAACAAAUACUAUUUUAUAAUCUUAAAACAAAAAACUUUUAAUUUUAGCUUAGAAAACUAAAAAAAAUAACAAAUCUUUUUGCGACACUAGUAACAGUACACUUGUUUGUAAAUAUCUUGAUAUCAACUUAACAAAAACGUAAUAUCAUAAAACAUAAUUCAAACACAUAUAAUUUAACUUUAAGAAAGUUAAGCUUAACCUGCUGUAAAUAUUAAAUAAAAUAUAGUCGAACAUUUAAAAUUAAUACAAAAAUAUAAUAAAACUCUGUAAAAAGAUACCAAAGAAAGUUUGUACCAAAUCGGAGAAAAAUUUGAUAAAUAAAAUAUGUUAUUUUAAGAAAUCCGCAAAAAUUAAACUAAAAAAACUCACAUGCCUACACAAAAAUUAGAAUAUUUAUUACUAUAAAUUUUAAAAUAAAUAAAUAAAUAUAUCAAAGUAAAAACAAAUUUUUAAAUGACGGAAAAGCUUUGUAAACUAUAAGAUUUUUAUAAUUUGUAUAAUUUUAUUCCUAAUUUAUAUAUAUAAAUAUUUCUAUAAAAAUAUUGUUAAAUUGUCAGUCAGCAAAUAAAUUUAUUAACAAAUUUUCUUAAAUAAACAAAAAGCAAAAAAAAAAAUUAAUUAAAAUGCAAAUUUUGUUUUAUGGAUUUAAUUAUUAUUAAAUAAAAAAAAAUAUUAUUAUAAGAUAACUUUGCCAGAUUAAAAAUUUUCUAAUUAAAAAAAAAAACAACAACAAGAGUUCAUUAAAUUGCAAUUUCUCUAUAAUAACAACAGAACAAAACAAAACCAAUAAAAAUAUUAAAAUUAAAGCAUUUAAUGAAAAUGAAAACAAUAUCUAUUGUAUUACUAAUAAAAAAAAAACUUUUUUACAGCUUUUCAAGAAUAAUUUUUGAAUCUAAAAUAUAAACUCAAAAACACUACAACAGAACAAACGAAAAAAAGAAUUUAUUUGAAAUUUCAUAUAGAAGAAUUAACUGUUUUGUAUUUAAUUUAGUUAAUCAAAAAAAUGGGUUGGAACUUCAUCUUUGGUAUGCUACCAGGGUUCACUUUUGUUUAUUAUUAGUAUUUUAUUUAACUUUUUUUUUUCAAAGGAUCUAUUCAAUUAAAAAAAAAAAAACAAAACAUAUUUUGAACUAGUAGUUAUAAAAACAGCAAAGUAGAUUUUUUAUAUGAAAUUUCAUUAAAAAUUAAAAUUCAAAACCAAGCUCUUUUCCUCAUAGAGAAAUUACAAAACUAAAAAUAAAAAAAAAGUUAUAUACAUAAGUAACUUUUUGAAGCAAAAUAAGAACACAUUCAAAAAAGCAAAAUUGUGUUCUUCCAGAAAAAAUACACACACACAAAACGUGAAUUAUUAUUAUUAUUAAUAUUUCAUAAACAAAUG